AUGGCCCCUACAGCAAUAGAUUUGCACCAUUCCUACUCGGAAUCGUUGCCUGUUUCGGCUCCCUCCCAGAAGGCUUCUCGCAAAGACUCUGUGAUCGCCAAGUUGGGUCUGAAUCCCGAUGCCGUUAUUCACUACAACUCUGCCGUACCAAUCCUCUACGAAGAUGCCCUCAAAGAGAAAGGCACUAGUAUCUCGUCCACUGGAGCAUUGGUUGCAUACUCCGGUUCCAAGACUGGAAGAUCGCCAAAGGACAAGAGAAUAGUCGACGAGGAGACUUCUACUGAGAACAUCUGGUGGGGACCAGUGAAUAAGAAGGUUGAUGAGACCACUUGGAAGAUCUCCAAGUCGCGUGCCAUCGACUACCUCAGAACCAGAGAGAAAAUCUUUAUCAUCGACGCGUUUGCUGGCUGGGAUCCACGCUACCGCAUCAAGGUUCGUAUUGUAUGUGCAAGAGCUUACCAUGCCUUGUUCAUGAAGAACAUGUUGAUCCAGCCAACCGAGGAGGAGCUGAAGAAUUUCGGCGAGCCAGACUUCACCAUCUGGAAUGCGGGCCAAUUUCCCGCCAACGUCUUCACGAAGGGAAUGACCUCUUCCACAUCUGUUGAAAUAAAUUUCAAGGACAUGGAGAUGGUGAUUCUUGGUACAGAAUACGCUGGUGAGAUGAAGAAGGGAAUCUUUACCGUGAUGUUCUAUCUCAUGCCUAUCCGACACAAGGUGUUGACUUUGCACUCUUCUGCUAACCAGGGUACCGUCAGUGGUGACGUGACCCUUUUCUUUGGUCUUUCCGGAACAGGUAAGACCACUCUUUCGGCGGAUCCAAACAGAAAGCUGAUUGGCGACGACGAACACUGUUGGUCAGAUCAUGGUGUGUUUAACAUUGAAGGUGGAUGUUAUGCCAAGUGUCUGGAUCUUUCUGCCGAGAAAGAACCAGAAAUCUUCAACGCUAUCAAGUUUGGUUCGGUUUUGGAGAAUAUCGUCUAUGACCCAAUCAGCAAAGUUGUUGACUACGAGAAUAAGGACAUCACCGAGAACACCAGAUGUGCCUAUCCUAUCGACUUCAUCCCCUCUGCUAAGAUUCCAUGUCUUGCUGACAGACACCCUUCCAACAUCGUGCUUCUGACCUGUGACGCCCGUGGUGUUCUGCCCCCAAUCUCCAAGCUUACCAACGCUCAAGUCAUGUACCAUUUCAUCUCUGGUUACACCUCUAAGAUGGCAGGCACCGAAGACGGUGUGACUGAACCUGAAGCCACCUUCUCCGCAUGCUUUGGUCAACCCUUCCUGGUGUUGCACCCAAUGAAGUACGCUCAGCAAUUAUCUGACAAGAUCUCUGAGCACAAGUCGAAUGCCUGGUUGCUUAACACCGGAUGGACUGGUUCAUCUGCCGCCAAGGGCGGUAAAAGAUGUCCUUUGAAGUACACCAGACGUAUUCUCGAUGCCAUUCACUCGGGAGAGUUGAACGACGCAGAGUACGAGACUUAUCCAACUUUUGGCUUGCAGAUCCCCAAGUCUGUUCCUGGCGUUCCUGCAGAGAUUCUCAACCCAUCCAAGAACUGGGCUGAGGGCCCCGAAAAGUUCAGCGGAGACGUGAGGAAUCUUGCCCAAUUGUUCUUGGAGAACUUUGAGAAGUACUCGAGCGAGGUGACGGAGGUGGUCAAGGCUGCUGGUCCUCAGUUAUAG